AUGGCGGCAGCAUCCUCCGCCGCCGCCGAAGCCAACGGCGAGGGCAAAGACGAAUUCCUCGUACGCGACGACGCGCCGGGGCUGCUCGCCGCUCUCAAGGAGAUGAAGGAUGGAUUGGACCUCGUCAGGGGCAAGGUCGAGGCCAUCACCCGGAAGGUCAAGGAGAACCAGUUGCCGACGGCCAACGGGAUCGGGUACCUAGAGGCGAAGAACCACCUGCUCCUUGGCUACUGCCAGGACAUCGUCUACUACCUGCUCCGCAAGGCCAAGGGGCUCUCGGUGGAUGGCCACCCCGUCGUACGGAGCCUUGUCGAGAUCAGGCUGUUUCUGGAGAAGAUUCGUCCGAUUGACAAGAAGGCCGAGUACCAAAUCCAGAAGCUCACCAACGCUGCUGACAAUGCAACUGCUCGAGAGAAGACAGGAAAUGCUGUGGCGAAGGGGAAGGACGAGCAUUCGGAUGAGGAAGACCCCCUGAAGUAUAGGCCAAACCCAGAUAUGAUGGACACAAAGGCUGGUCCUGAUGGGCAGGAUGCUGAUGGUGUUUACCGUCCUCCGAAAUUUAUGCCUACUAGCAUAGAUGAUGAAGAGAAGCGUCGUAAAAAAGAUUCAAGGAGAGAUAAAGCACUAGCCCGAGUGGCAAUAGAAAAUCCUUAUAUUAAAGAAAUAAUUGAUGAUGCUGCGGACAGACCUGAAGAGUGGAAGGAAACAGUGGGCGAUGAAAGCAGGGAAUUUGGGAGGUACAUGCGACAGAGAGAGGAGCAAGAGAAGCAGGAAGAGGAGUUGUUCACUCGGGCUCCUGUAACCAAACGUGAUAAGCAGAUCGAGAAGCGCAUAAGGAGACAACUUCAUGGGCUAGGAGGCUUAACAGAUGGUUUCGACCUUGGAAUGAACAUGCUAAUUGGCGGAGACAAGGAAGAUGAUGGCGGUUCAAGCAAGUCGCAUGGCAAGAGCGGAAACCGAAAGAAGCACCUGAAGAGCAGCAAGAAGAGGAAGAGGCAUUAG